GGUUACGGUCAUGUUUAAACCUGCUGCUCUGUUGGAGGCACCGUGCCCUUUCCAGGGGAGUGCUGUGAGAACAAGGAUUAACUGAAGCACUACCAAUGCACCUUUCUUAAAGAGGUACAAAGGUGCUUGCCUGAGAUAACCUACAAUAAAACCUGCAGAGCUGAAGCUGCUCAGUGUUGUGUACAGACCAGUAGAGGACCAGAAUGGAGAUCUUACUGCUGAUGUUUGUUGGGAUCAGCUGCAGUUCCUCUGCAGUAACUCCAGACAACAAGGAGAAGAGCCCUCAUUACUGGAACGCCCAAGCAAAGGAGACGCUGGAAGCAGCUCUCAAACAGGAGCCUAUCAACCACCGGGCCAAGAACCUCAUGCUCUUCCUUGGAGAUGGAAUGGGAGUGACGACGGUGACUGCCGCAAGGAUCCUGAAAGGACAGAUGGAUGGGAAGCCAGGAGAGGAGACAGUGCUGACCAUGGAUGAGUUCCCCUAUCUCGCACUCUCCAAGACCUACAAUGUGGACCGGCAGGUUCCUGACAGCGCCGGCACUGCCACUGCCUAUCUGUGCGGCGUGAAAGCCAACGCCAAGACGGUGGGUGUGAGCGCCGCCGCGGAGUACGACGUGUGCAACACCACCUUCGGGAACGAGGUGCACUCCGUCCUGCACCGCGCCAAGGCCCAAGGGAAGUCGGUGGGCAUCGUGACCACCACCCGCGUGCAGCACGCCUCCCCCUCUGCCGCCUACGCUCACUCGGUGAGCCGGUACUGGUACGCUGACGCCGACAUGUCCAAGGAGGACGCCAGGGACGGCUGCACCGAUACUGCCCUGCAGCUGAUUCGCAACACCGACAUCGAUGUAAUCCUUGGUGGGGGACGGAAGUACAUGACUCCCCGGGGAACGCCUGACCCAGAGUACCCGACAGACGGGUCUCAGAACGGGACUAGGAAGGAUGGCAAAGACCUCAUUCAGGCGUGGCUGGACGCUCAGAGACCUAAGGGUGCAAAGUACGUUUGGAACAAAGAACAGUUGGAUGCUGUCGACGUCAAAUCAACCAACUAUCUCAUGGGUCUGUUUGAGCCGAAGGACUGCAAGUACGAGGUUAACCGCAACACCACUACAGACCCCUCCAUCGUUGAGAUGACAGAAAAAGCAAUCCAGAUCCUCCGCAAGAACCCCAAGGGAUUCUACCUGUUUGUGGAAGGCGGGAGGAUCGAUCACGGCCACCACGGGGGCAGAGCUCAGAAGGCGCUGACGGAGACGGUGAUGUUCGACCGAGCUGUCAAGAGGGCUUUGGAGCUGACCGAAGAGCAGGAGACUCUCACUGUGGUCACAGCCGACCACUCCCACGUGUUCACCUUGGGAGGAAGCACUGGCCGAGGGAACCCCAUCUUCGGUCUAGCACCCAAGCAAGCUGAGGACAACAUGCCCUUUACCAGCAUCCUAUAUGCUAACGGACCUGGACAUGCCCUUGAGAACGGAACAAGACCGAAUAUCACCUCCGUUGAUUACAUGGAUGUGGAGUACAGGCAGCAGGCGGCGGUCCCUCUGAGUUCUGAAUCUCACGGUGGUGAAGACGUGGCUGUAUUCGCCAGAGGCCCCAUGGCUCACCUGUUCCAGGGUGUGAAGGAGCAGAACUACAUCGCCCAUGUGAUGGCGUACGCGGGCUGCAUCGAGCCCUACACCGAGUGCCCGAAGGAACCCAACUCGGGGGCACAGACCCGCUCCCACGCCGGCCUCCUCGCUGCUCUGCUGGCUCUGCUCUAUCUGCUGGGGAGGUAAAGCCCCUGACACACCUUGAGGAGAAAGCAAGCCAGCCACCCUCCGCGUAACUCCUGGUGGAUCUCAGGACCUUUUUUUUUUUUUUUUUUUUUUUAGCAUCGAUAGCACAAAAUCACUUAACAGCACCCUUUUGCUGUGUCUGGACUGAAGCCCCUCCCCACAAACCUCCUGACAGAGCAGUACAAUGAUCAAACUACAGGAGGGUAAAGCAAGCCUGCAGUUAAGCUACUUCACUCUAUAUGCAAUGUAACAAUUAGUAUGGUACUGAAGUCAAACAUGUGCCUUAUCACAGGAUCUGGGGUUACGUGAAGCCAGAAUUAGCACAGCAAACGUAAGAGUAGUUUUUUACUGCAUUUGGUGAUUAGGGGUUUUCCAAUAUGGAUUUCCAUUCGCUGUCAAUAUUACAGAUUAGGAUAUUUCUAUUGUAUAUUUUGUAAUAACCACUAAAUAAUAAUAAACCAUUGAAUACAUUUUGUGAAAAA